CUACUCUUUUGUAGUGGUAGUUGGGCGAUUGACAUUUGGCAUGGCAUUAGCAUGACCUCUCUUCCUCUCUAUAGAUACAAAGCUGCUGCUCCCAUCCAAACGAGAUGAGAGUGAUGAUUGGUAGGAGAUGGAUGGGUUCAUCCUCCUCCUCCUCCUCCUCUUCCUGCUCCAGAUGGAAGGUUUCCACGUACACCAAUCACUGGUAGCGGUAGCGCCUUCUUCUGAAUCCUGUACUGCAGUGUCAAGCAGCGCGUGCAACUCUCAACGCAGGCUAGGUGGUAGAUAAGCUGCUAGGCAGGCUGCAGGUGGUGCGUUGUUGUCGUCUCUGCUGUCACGUACAAUCGUGUAGAGGGCGGAUGGUCAUCAUAGCCGGGAUGCUCCCCGGCGUGGAGUGCGCGCGGCGGCGGCGCCUGCGGCAGGGCGGGUCGUCCGGCGCGGCAGAGGCGCCGUGCGGGACUCGGCGGCCGUCCUUCUGCCUGUACGCCGGCGGGCAUGACCAUGCCCACCUUGGCUCGUCAGGUCCCAAGGAGAGGAGCAAGGAGAUGGCGCGCGCGUGGACGCUGGACAGCAACGCCCGGGAGGCGAAGGAGAGGCUGGAUCAGAAGCUGAGGAGCCAGAGAGGCUCUGUAGUCAAGAGGCAUCAGAGCAUGGGCACCGUGCGGCCCCCGACGACGAAACCACACGCCACGAGCAGCGGCACCGACGGCGACAGCAACAACUCGGCUACUGCCACGACGAUCUUGUGCGCGCUGCAGCGGGAGGUGUUCUCGAAGAACGGAGGUGGCGCGGCGCGGCGUCGGUUCAGCUGGAGCUGGCUGGGGCGGAGGGCGGCGCCCGCGGAGGCAGAGGGGUGCGCGGUGUGCCUGGAGGAGCUCCGCGCGGGGGACGUGCUGGUGCACCUGCCCUGCGCGCACCGCUUCCACUGGUCCUGCGCCGUGCCCUGGGUCCAGGCCACCUCGCGCUGCCCCGUCUGCCGCGCCCAAGUCCACCUGGCCUCCGCCAACUAGCGCUCGCCCCGGAGCUGCCUCGCUGGGGCAGCUACCCGCCGAUACGUUCCAUCGCUGGUCUGCUCCGCGCGGCGGGAGGGCCAUGUAGGAGGCGAGGCGAGGCUGCACACGGUGCACGCGCCGCGUCCGCGUGCAUGGAACAACCAUACCAGGGACGCGCGCGCGCAUGGGACGGCAGGAGCCGGAGUGGAUGCCUUGUGUCCAUGACGGUUUGGACGUGUGGAGAGAUCCUCUGAGACGUCGCUGCUGCUGAUACACAGAGCCCAUUCUCGAGGUUUAUUAAGAGUUGGCUCACGUAUCAGCAGCAACGCCAAGGUCACGCGUGCAGUUGGACGCAUGGGUUGUGCUGUGCCACUGCCCACUAGGGCGUGUCUGUUCGGUGGUUGGUUGCCGUUCCGUUGCGUCCGAUGUACAGAUCGAUCGUGCGGUGGUGGGGUAGGCUGUGGACGCCGAGAUGCAUGCACGAAUCCUGACCUCGUAGCGUUCAAUAGCAGGAGCUCAUACGGCAUGAAGCAUCUCAAUUUCAGUGCCGUAAGAAUCCACUGCUACCGCUGCAUUUCUUUCCUCGCCAUUAUGUCCUCUUCACGUCUCAUAGUAUAACCUUUUAUAUCU